GGCGUAUUCGGACAGUGUUACUCGCCAAAUAGCGGCGCACCUACACCUACUGUAAUAGAUCAUCUAGAUGACACACAAUUGGAAUUACUUCGUUUAGAACUUACCAGAUUGGCAAAACAAGACCUUGAUUGGUCAGAUCAACGCUCACAAUGUGUGCUUUCCUACUUCAAGCUAUCCAUGUAUUAUGGAUUACAGUACGAUCCCGAUUUUUGUCAAGUACGAAAUCCAGCAAAUAUCUGGGCUUUAAUACAGUUGAUCGAAAUGGGUUUGAACGAUAAUGAAGUUGGCAGCAAUGGCAUGUCGGGUAUUGAGCAAAUUGACCAAAAUGGUGAAAACUAUUCAAAUGACGAGAAUGCAGUUGAUGGAAGUAAUGAUCAAAUCAUUGUCGAUGAGGCAACCUACCGUAAACUUACCAUACCAUUCCAGCCCAUAAUUCCUGGAAGUGAAAAUGAUGGCACCGUAGACGGAAUAGUACCGCUAGAACAACAACAGCAACAAUCACAGCAAGAAGUAGAUAAUUCGGAAAAUGAGACCGCUGGCACCGAAGCUGGAGCAGACGCGGCUGCACCAGAAGAGGACAUCCAGAGCAUUUUGGAGCGAAUUCAAGGACCACCACCACAGCUUGAUAUUGAUGGUUAG